AUUCUUCAGUUUACUUUCAUCCGCCGGCUAGUUUAGACGCCACUCGCAGUGAUACCUCAGAUUUACACGUGUUUGUUACUGUUUUAAAUCACAACAAAUAAAUACCUAAAACAAUACAAAUAAAUGAAUUAAUUUUAAUUAAUUCGUCAGUGGUUCUUUAAAAAACAAACGUUGAAAAAGUUUAGUUUUUACAACGAAAUAAAAAGCAAUGGAUUAAAAUGGAUAUACAACAUUCAUCUUUAAAUUUUGUUUUUUAAUUUUAAAAGCAUACACAUACAAAUACUAGAUUUAGCAGAAAGAAAGAAAGAAAAAGUGUUUAAAAGUGGUUCAAGUUCAACAUUCAACGGAUUUUCUAACCUACAUAACUCGAAUCAAUUUCCAUGACUCGUACUGGUUGUUGUUUCAGCUUGCUUCAAGAUGUUUAAAUAUUAUUCUUUGCUCUCCUUAGUUACAUGCCUGGAAUUUUAAGGCCAUUCAACCAAGCAGAAAUACUACAGCAUACCACAUCAUCAAUAUUCGUUGUCAUUGUCGAUAUCAUGUAGGUAUGUAGUCACGAUUUGGGGCUUUUGUGGAUUAUAACUGCAAACAUUCAUAUAUACCCACAGGUUGUGAGUGCAAUUAUUUGCAGAUUUUCAUAACUUUCAGAGAAUACAAAAAAUACAAAAAUAUGACUUGUCUAUGUUAAGUGAAAUUCAAGAUAAAGUUGUUGACUUGGUUUAUUUUAAAAUAAUGAAAAAUCAGCAAACUUAAAAUGCAUGGAAUAACACACCUCUAUCGACAACAUGCUGCCGAAAAUAAAGUCAGUGAAGAUUUAUGGGAAUCAUCUUCCAAAAACAAACAUAACUACGGAAUUUCUAGUAACGAUCCAAAUAGAGAUCUUGCACUAAUAAGCAGUUUGGGAUCAGAUUCGUCGUCGAGUUCGUCAAAAUCUCCAAAGUCUCCACAUUGGUCUCAUGAUAAAGUUCCAGAAAAGUUGACUUCACUACCGCAACCAGUGCCAGGUUAUGGAUCAAAUCAUAACAGAAGCUCGCCAUCUUCCAAUUCAACAUAUUGUCGCAGUUCCUAUGAAAGUUAUGGCGGUGGCAGUUGUCGACGCGGCUCGGCUUCAUCGCGACGAAACUGCUUUGAAAGAAGUAAUAGCCCUGGCUUUUACAAUCCUUCCCCCUUUUCCAGAGUAUUCGCAGAUAUACUCGAAGCGAAAGCUGCGAAUCUCCUCCAACACCAGCGGGUUUUUUCCCUCAUGAUCUCGAUGACAUAAACGAAGGAAGUGCUCAGUAUUUCACUCACACAGG